AUGUGGCGCGCGCUGCUCCGGGCCGGGAGCGCGGCCCCUCGGAGCGGCCCCGGCGUGAGGGGAGAGCGGCGGGGGCCGAGCGCACGGACUGCGAGUAGAACGUGUGCUACUGUCAGGAUGCCUGAAGUAAACACAGAUCACCUGGAUGAGCAGCAGGUGCAGCUCUUGGCAGAGAUGUGCAUCCUUAUCGAUGAAAAUGACAAUAAGAUUGGAGCAGAGACCAAGAAAAACUGUCACUUGAAUGAAAACAUUGACAAAGGUUUACUGCACCGAGCUUUCAGUGUUUUCUUAUUUAAUACAGAAAAUAAACUGCUGCUGCAGCAGAGGUCAAAUGCAAAAAUUACAUUUCCAGAUUGUUUUACCAACACUUGUUGCAGUCACCCUCUGAGCCAUCCACAAGAACUGGAAGAAAAUGAUGCCAUUGGUGUUCGGAGAGCAGCACAGAGACGGCUGAAAGCAGAGCUGGGAAUUCCCAUGGAGCAGGUACCUCCAGAAGACAUCUCCUACCUGACUCGAAUUCACUACAAGGCCAAGUCUGAUGGCAUCUGGGGAGAACAUGAGAUAGACUAUAUCUUAUUUGUGCAGAAGGAUGUGACACUGAAUCCUGACCCCAACGAGAUCCAAAGCUACUGCUACGUGACACAGAAAGAACUGAAACAGCUCCUGGACAAAGCUGCCAGGAAUGAAGUCAAGAUUACUCCAUGGUUCAAGCUGAUAGCAGAGACCUUUCUUUUUAAGUGGUGGGAUAACUUGAAUAACUUGAACAAAUUUGUUGAACAUGAAAAAAUACACCGAAUGUGAAUAGCUGGGAUAAAAGGUGCUGAAGGCUAGCAGUGAUGUGUUCUCUCAUUAACACUGAUAAAUCAUGAUGUAUGUGCAGAGAAUUGCUCCACAUGGAGCAUGUGUAAUUUAUACAGAUGUUGUCAUAGCCAAUGUUUUUUCUUCUGUCUUUGUCACCUCUUCCCCCUCAUCCUUGGUUCUCUUGGGCCUGUUAAGAUCUCAUGUAAAAUGGGUAACAGUAGCACCCCUGGGUUCUUCCUCCUCCAUUGCCUGGUGAAAGAUCCUCAGCCCGUGUGUGCCCUGCACACCUGGGAGGGAGCCAGGCACUUCCUGCCCAGCUCAGAGAGGAGGGCUGGGGUGUUCCCAUUGAACUCAACCACACAUUAAAUGACUGCACAUGACUGUAGGCUCUGCUGUGAUGUUGAGACCAACUGCCAAAAGAAAAAAGCAAUUCAAAGUAAUCAGGAUUAUUUUUAAUUGCAGAAAGCAAAUCUCUUCAGCUACUGUACUCUACAAUUAACCAAACUCAUAAAAGCUUAAGUAAUUGGAUUGCCUGUGUGGAGUAACUUUGACUUUGAAGUGCUGACAGAUGUGUUAAAGCUUUAGAUAAUAAACACUGUUUGGGGCUUUUUCCCCCACCAGG